AUGUCUGCGAAGUACGGCGGCGAGAUCAUGGAGGGGAUGUCGCGAUUCUUAAGCAGGCGCGGCAAGCGCUCCGCCGGUGAGAAGCGCAAGAGCAACAACAGCAUCGAGGAGCCUCCCCCACCAAUCCCAUCCGACCUGUACAACAUUUUCUACACCGACGACAAUAAGAGGCAAGACAGCGAAGAGGAGAAGAAAAAGGUCAAGGCGGUUGCGCAGCGCCUCACCGCCUACGGAAUCAAUACCCUCAAAGACCCCCAAAUCACGUAUGCGCUGCGAUCCAGGAUCACGAAUGGCGACGUCAAGGAAUCGACGGAGCUGCUGGUUCUCUUCGAGGAUUCGGUGGACGGCAUUUUGCGCGAAUACAGCCCAAAGACGAAAUUGCUUGGCGCCGAGAAUAGGUGUUCGGUCACCUGCUAUCUGGAUUCGUUGCUCUUCGCUAUGUUUGCAAGACUGGAUUCCUUCGAGGCCAUGCUGUUCGACUCCUUUGCCGACACUCCCCGAAGACGACUAGCAACUAUCUUGCGGCUCUGGGUGAACCUCUUACGCGCCGGCAAGCUCAUCACUGUUGACAUCACGAAACAUCUACAGGAAGCCCUGGCCCAGUGCGGCUGGGAGGAUGCCGCGCACUUGAACCAGCAAGAUGCGUCAGAAGCAUUUACAUUCAUCACUGGUCAGCUGGAACUACCUUUGCUCACAUUGAAGAUGGACAUCUAUCACACGGGAAAAGAGGAUGUUGCCGAUGACCACAGAUUUGUCAACGAGAGGUUGUUGGAGGUUGCUAUACCGGAGGAUAACCCGCACAGCGACGAACCAAUAAAGCUCGAAGAAUGUCUGGAGAUCUACUUCAACAACCGUAUUGAAGUCAGGCGCCAUCUAGAACGGAGAGGCACCCUUCAGUCAGUCAGGGAGAAUGAGGAGCCGAUUCCGAGCGCCCCAGAAAAAUCCAAUGCGGUACAUGUCGAAUCGAUUGACGUGACAUCCGGACCGGAGUCGCCAGCCGCACCGACCUACAGUAGUGCCUCCAGUAGCCCCAUAUCGUCGGAGAGACCUGUUAACACUCGACACCGAACAGACAGUAUUUUCAGCGAACGGCACUGCGGAGCUGGGGAAUCAUCCGAGAAGGCGCCCUCGACCGGGCCUGGACGUACCCGCUCAAGUUCCUUCGCCAAAAAGGAGAUUACAAUGCCUGCCUGGCAAUUCUUUAGCUUGAUUCCCUGGUACACGGACAAUGCGCCAGCCAACGAUGCCCAAGUCGCUGCUCACUUUGCAGCGAAGCGCCCAAUCUUGGGUAUAUGCUUAAAAAGAUACUCGAUGUUGCCCAACGGCCUCCCGGUACGACGUGGCACAUUCAUUGACAUCCCAUUGGAAAUUGCGCUGCCCCAUUUUAUAUCGGAUGACCGAAUGCAGGAAGAAGGGCCUUUAUUCGGAAACUUUCAGCUUGUCCUGCAAUCCGUGGUAUGCCAUCGCGGGGCGUCCGUGGAUUCUGGGCACUACAUUUCGCUUGUUCGCGGUCAGACUUCAAGAGCAGUCGGCUCGAGGGACGGACCGGAAAACUAUCGACCUGACAAUGAUGAUGAGCACACGCCCUGGAUGCGAUUUGAUGACCUGGCGAAGGAACGUGUGACCCACGUUGACAUCCAACAAGCCUUGAAGGAAGAGACACCAUACCUCCUCUUCUACCAAGUCUGCCCCAUCGACGAGGAACUGGCACGAGGAGAUCCCCCUACCUACGAAGAGGCAAACUCAGAAGCUGCAGGUGGAGAUGACAACAUCCUAGCUGAGAAAGGUGAGCUUGCCAUCGACACCUCCGACUGGGAGCCGAGCCGCCCGAGCCUCGAGCUCACGGAGAACCACAUCCUGUCACCCAGCCAAGAAGUCCCCGGCUCCAACGACUCCGCUCGGGGACGUUCGAGCUUCAACAGCACGCGCCGCAACAGCAUAGCCUUUGACGAAAGCAGCCUCGCAUCGCGCAACGCCACCGGGCCGUCCACGCCAGCCGACGAGACACGCACGAGCUUCCUCUCCUCGCGCCGCGGUUCCAAGGCGGCGAAGAAGAACGGCGGCGGCAGCAAGAGCCGCCCCACCAGCCAGAGCGGCGAGGGCCGCCUCAGCAUCACCAUGUCCCGCCUCACGGGCCGCAAGAGCCGGGACCGCCUCGGCGAGAGCACCAACACGCUUCCGCUCCGCAGCGGCGACACCAAAGAAAAGGACGACACCAGCGGCGGCGAUGACAGCAACGUCGAGGGCGACCCGAGCAACCCGCUCGUCCUCGUCGAAGCGCCGACAAAUAACAUCCAUGCUCCGCAGAAGAGCUCAACGUCGAUGGGCUUUGGCCGCACGAAGAAGGAGAAGAAGGCACGCAGGAGCAGCAGCGUGCCGCUGGCGGACGAGCUGGCCAAGGCGGAAGGUAGUGGGAAAGGGAAGGCGAAGAGAAAACCCCCGGAUCGGGAGUGUGUCAUCAUGUGA